AACUGCAUCGGGUAUAUUUGGGUCAAAGUCGUUUCUCUUCGUAUGCUCAAACACACACACAAACAACACCUUCAACUGUGUGUGCGAGCCAGCCAGCCACCUCUGUGAUUCCUUCUCAAGAUCUGAAUUUACUCAUCAAGUCGUGACAAAACAGGAAAGCUUCCUUGGGUAAUGUGGAAUUGCAGAAAUCUAUUUUUUGUGCACAAGGGGUAAAAGACUUGUCCUGUUGAAAAUACCAAAAAUUUAGUGAAAAUGACUCCAUCAAGUAAGGCUGAUAAAAAGGCAGCAGUCGACAUUGCUGCAUGGAUGUUCAACAUCGUCACUUCAGUUGGGAUCAUCAUUGUGAACAAAGCUUUAAUGGCAACAUAUGGUUUCACAUUUGCAACAACAUUAACGGGGUUGCAUUUUGUUACCACGACCUUGAUGACUCUUGUUCUUAGGUGGCUGGGUUACAUCCAACCAUCCCAUCUACCCGUCGCAGAUCUUCUGAAAUUUGUUCUCUUUGCUAACUUCUCCAUUGUUGGGAUGAAUGUCAGCCUAAUGUGGAACUCUGUGGGAUUCUACCAGAUAGCAAAGCUGAGUAUGAUCCCUGUAUCCUGCUUGUUGGAAGUUGUGUUUGAUAAGAUACGAUAUUCAAGGGACACAAAGCUCAGUAUCUUGAUCGUUCUCUUGGGUGUUGCUGUCUGCACUGUUACUGAUGUAAGCGUUAAUACUAAAGGUUUCGUCGCUGCCUUUGUUGCAGUAUGGAGUACAGCUCUUCAACAAUAUUACGUGCAUUAUCUUCAAAGGAAAUACUCGUUGAGUUCUUUCAAUCUGUUGGGACAUACUGCUCCUAUUCAGGCUGGAUCCCUGCUACUAUUGGGUCCCUUUGUGGAUUACUGGUUGACAAACAAGAGAGUGGAUGCUUUUAAGUAUGAUACGGCAUCAUUGUUGUUCUUGAUCCUAUCUUGCACAAUUGCAAUUGGGACGAACCUGAGUCAAUUCAUCUGCAUCGGGAGGUUCACAGCUGUUACUUUCCAAGUGCUUGGGCACAUGAAAACCAUACUGGUCCUGAUGCUUGGUUUCAUCUUCUUUGGGAGAGAGGGUCUGAAUCUUCAUGUGGUUCUGGGGAUGAUGAUAGCAAUUAUGGGAAUGGUUUGGUACGGUAACGCCUCCUCCAAACCCGGUGGUAAAGAACGUCGUAGCUACUCACUUCCCAAAACCAGUCAACCCAAAAAGGAUUCCCUAUUAGAAACUUCCGACACAGACGACAAGCCGUAAGCCAAGCAUUUUUUUUUUCUUCAUACCCAUGUCUCGCUGGCUAGAUAAAAAAGAAAGGUUGUUAUUUAAGUUAUAUGAUUUUUGUAUGUGAUCUAAAUGUUAUGAUUUGAACAAGAAAUUCAGAAAGGCUACUUCUUUUUCACUUUCUUUGUGAUUAUAAUUAAACACUUGGAUUACUUUUGGGAUUGAUUGAAAC